AUGAUGUUGGCAUCUCCCAAAUCUUUUGUGCUCAAAUCUAUGAUAUUGUCGUGUUUUGCUACUCUUUCAGUCAUAUUCUAUGGAGACAGACUCCGCACCGAAAAUCUUGAAUGGCAAGAAGCAGCAUUCUUCGCAAAAAACAAAAGUUACAUAUUGCCACCCUUUAUUAGAUAUCGAGAACAGUAUUUGGUAUUAGACAAGUAUCGCCUCGCCACUUGCCAAAUAGAAAAAAUAAUGAGUACAAUCAGAGGAGCUAUAUUUUGCUUUCUCACCGACUCGAAAAAAUUUUUGGAGCAUAACAGAACCAUUAGCAACGAACCGUGGAAAAAGAAAGAAAGGUUCUGCAAGGAGCGAAGUUACGUCCACGAAGAUCUUGAUAAAACUUUAAAGAAUAUGGGGCAAGAUGUUGUCUUGUUUACGAUUGUGAGAGACCCUGUAGAACGACUGAUAAGCGGUUUUGUAGACAAAUGUUUGAGAGAGCGUCAUCGAUGGAACUCGUGCUACGGAUGCCCUCGGAAAACAAAAGAUAGCUCUCUACGAUGCUUCCUAAAUCGAUUACACUGCUCCUUGCGAAGCAUUCUGCGAAAUGAAAAUGGCGAUUUUUAUUUUGAUCGCCAUUUUGCCCCUCAAUCGUGGUACUGCGACUUUAGAAAUCACAUCAACAACUAUACCAUUCUGAAGUACUCCAAUACGGAGAAAGGAAUUGCAAGAGUGGCCUCUCAAUUUGACAACUUGUUUGAAAAAUCUGGAAUCUCAUCUUUUGAGCGUAAAAUAAUAAAGGAGGAAAUUUUGAAGGGAUCUACAAGACAUUCGACUCGUGGUUCUAAAGAUGUUGUUCUUGUUAGGCAAUUGAUAUCACUGAACAAAGAAAUACUGAGAAAAAUAAUUGAUAUUUAUUAUCAUGACUUUGUUAUAUUCGGGUUCCCUCUCCCUGUUGCAUGA